UCAGAUACAUGGAAGCCAGCCAGUGCUGUGUAUUGGAUAUCCAGUAGUAGAGAUUUUGUUAAUCCUGUCCUGUUAGGGAUACAGUAUAGUGUUAGAGGAAUUGUAAAAUCUUCAGAGAUUAAAGUCCUAAGGGCAGAUGAUAGACCUACUCAGAAUAUGUCGUUUGUAUUCCAGGAGUAUUCCAAUUUCACUCUCAAUGGUCCUUACAUUUAUCUUUUAUUGACUCACUUCAGUGGUGUUUCUGCUACUUCAACUGCUGAACUUAACUUUCAAGGAAUUUUAUUCAAAUCUUUUAAGGACAAGUAUAUCUGGGACUAUAGCUUUGUUGUAUACAUUAGCUAUGCAGAUGCUAUAUUAAACAAUAAAGUUCUUGCUGAAUAUGAUGUGGAAAAUUGGCCAGCUGUUACAAAGAAAAUGGUUGUUGAAUUUGAACAAAACAGCACAUCAAUAAUCCUUAAUUUACCAUCACUGCAGGAUUGGGAUAUAAUAGAAACAACAUCACCACUUGUUUGUUACAAGAAUCACCUAAUGAGCCAACAUAGUGUCAAUAUGCAAUUUAUGCUACGUUGGAAAGGCCAUGGAUUUCCAAGUGGUGAUUUUGUAACACUCCAUCUCAGUGGGGCAUUACUACCAGUGAAAAUUACUUUUUAUACAAACUCAAUCAAGCGGGAUAAAGACCAAAUUCAUAUAGAGAAACAAUUGGAUACUACAAAUUUGGAACAAAUCUUAUCAUUAUUAAAGAAAAAUAAUUAUGAUGCCAGUACUUGGCACAGGCUCUGCCUUAGGUUGGGCUUACUUGAAGAAACUUUAAACACUAUUAAAGCAGAUGAGAACAAUGUUUAUGGUUGCCAGAAAACAUGUUUACACAAAUGGCUAGAGAGAGCUGAUAAAGUAGAUGAUAAAGGAGGAGCAACAUGGACUUCAUUGGAAAAGGCUCUCAAAGACAUUGACCAAAAGGCAGUAGCUGAAAAUAUGAGAAAGAGCAGAGCACACUCAGAACUUUAAAAACAUUAUACAUGUACAUGCUGCAGUGUGAACAAUAUUUUAUUUUUACUAUAUAGUGUCAAAAUCUGAUAAAGCAA